AUGCAGCAGCAGCAGCAGCAGCAAAGCAGCAGCAGCAAACCUUCCACAAGAGGCGUUUCUUUGAAAAACAAAAGAAUUAAAGUGGUGGUUAUUACAAACACCCAGCCCCAGAAGCUGCAGCAGCAGCAGCAGCAGCAGCAGCAGCGGCAGCAGCCGAAGCAGCGGUGGCGGCAGCAGCGUGGCGGCAGCGACGCAGCAGAAGCCGCCGCAGCAGCAGCGCAGCAGCAGAAACGGCAGCAGCAGCAGCAGCACAAGCGCCGCAAGCCCCUUCAGCAGCAGCAGCAGCAGCAGCAGCAGCAGCACGGACACCACCAUGGUCGGCGGCAGCACCAGCAGCGGCGUCACCACCAUCACCACCAUCGUGAUCCCCAGCAGCAGCAACAGCAGCAUCCCCAGCAGCAGCAACCGCAGCAGCAACAGCAGCAGCAGCAGCGCAUCCCCAGCAGCAGCAACCGCAGCAGCAACAGCAGCAGCAGCAGCAGCAGCAGCAGCAGCAGCAGGGCGUACGCAAUGAAAGUGGGCAGGUCGACUGCGCCUUUGUUGUCUUUUCUGUCCACUCCCAAAAACCUCUUGGAAAAUUUUGGGUCAUUUAAAGCCAAAAAGCCAGCAUAA